AUGCGGCGCGCCGCCGCCUGGGCGCUGCUCUGCGCCGUGGCCCUGGGGCUCGGGGCGCGCGGGGCGCGCGGCGCGGUGGCCCUGGCCGACUUCUACCCGUUCGGCCUGGAGCACGGCGACUCGGUCACCCCCAAGCAGGACGACGGCGGCUCGGGGCUGCGGCCGCUCUCCGUGCGCUUCCCCUUCUUCGGCGCCGCGCACUCCGGCCUCUACGUGAACAAUAAUGGGGUCAUCUCCUUCCUGAAGGAGGUGUCGCAGUUCACCCCGGCCGCCUUCCCCAUCGCCAAGGACCGCUGUGUGGUGGCGGCCUUCUGGGCCGACGUGGACAACCGGCGUGCCGGCGACGUGUUCUACCGCGAGGACACGGACGCCCGCACGCUGCGCAGGGCCAGCGACGACGUCCAGCGCUACUUCCCCGAGCUGCCCGGUUUCUCGGCCACCUGGGCCUUCGUGGCCACCUGGUACCGCGUGACCUUCUUUGGAGGAAGCGCCUCUUCCCCGGUCAACACGUUCCAGACGGUGCUUCUCACGGACGGCAGCGCCUCCUUCACCAUCUUCAACUACGAGGCCGUCACCUGGACCACGGGCACACACGCCAGCAGCGGGGGCAACGCCACGGGCCUGGGGGGCAUCGCGGCCCAGGCCGGCUUCAACGCGGGGGACGGACAGCGCUACUUCAGCAUCCCCGGCUCCCGCACGGCCGACAUGGCCGAGGUCGAGGCCACCACCAACGUGGGCAUGCCCGGACGCUGGGCCUUCCGCAUUGACGGCGCGCAGGUCCACGUGGGGGGCUGCGGCCAUGCGGCCUCCGUGUGCCGGACGCAGCGGCCGUGUCUCAACGGCGGGGAGUGCAUCGACGACUGCGUGCCCGGCAGCCCCUCCUUCGCCUGCUCCUGCCCCUCGGGCUUCGCGGGACGGAGGUGCCACCUGGACGUGAACGAAUGCGCCUCCCAGCCCUGCCGCAACGGCGGCACCUGCUCCCACGGCGUCGACAGCUUCCGCUGCCAGUGCCCAGCCGGCUUCGGGGGCCCCACCUGUGAGGCAGACGUGGACGAGUGCAGCUCCGCGCCCUGUCUGAACGGGGGCUCCUGUGUGGAUCUGCCGGCCGGCUUCUCCUGCCUGUGCCCGCGGCCCUUCGAGGGCCCCCGCUGUGAGGCAGGAAGCUCCCCGGGGCCCGACGCCUGCCUUGCUGCCCCGUGCCAGAACGGUGGCACGUGCGUGGACGCGGACACUGGCUACGUGUGCGAGUGUCCUGGAGGCUUCACCGGCCACAACUGCAGUGAGAGGACUCCGGGCGCCUGUGAGUGCCGCAACGGGGGCCGGUGCCUGGGGGAUGACGGCGCCCCAUGCCAGUGCCCGCCCGGCUUCUUCGGGCUCCUGUGUGAGUUUGAGGUCACAUCCACACCCUGUGACAUGAACACACAGUGCCCGGACGGCGGCUACUGCAUGGAGCACGCAGGCAGCCACCUGUGCGUGUGCCACCGCGACCAGCCCCGCGCCAGCCACCCUGUGCCUUCGCCCUGUGACUCGGACCCCUGCUUCAACGGGGGCUCAUGUGACGCCCAGGACGAGGCCUACACGUGCGAGUGUCCCCGUGGCUUCCACGGGCAGCACUGCGAGAAAGCCCGGCCUCGGCUGUGCAGCUCCGGACCGUGUCGCAACGGGGGCACCUGCAAGGAGGCAGGAGGAGACUUCCACUGCAUCUGCCCCUUCCGCUUCACCGGGCGCCGCUGCGAGAUCGGGAAGCCGGACCCCUGCGCCUCGGGCCCCUGCCACAACGGCGGGACCUGCUUCCACUACAUCGGCAAAUACAAGUGCGACUGUGCGCCAGGCUUCUCGGGACCACACUGCGAGCACGUCCCCUCGCCCUGCUUCUGGGACCCGUGUGUGAACGGUGCUACCUGUGAGGACCUGGGCUCAGACUUCACCUGCCACUGCCCGGCAGGGUUUACUGGCCGCAGGUGCCAGGCAGAGGUAAGCGAAUGCCGAUCCCAGCCCUGCCUGCACGGCGGCACCUGCCAGGACCGGGCCGCAGGGUUCCUGUGUGCCUGCCGCCCUGGGCGCGAGGGGCGCCGCUGUGAGAGGGAGGCCCGAGCCUGCCGGGCGCAGCCGUGCAGAAACGGAGGCUCCUGCAGGGAUGUCCUGGGCACCUUCGUCUGCGAGUGUCCUGCCGGCUUCUCUGGAGCCCGCUGCGACAUUGAGGCGACGGCCUGCGCCUGCAGCCCCUGCCAGCACGGAGGCCGCUGUGAGGACGGUGGAGCCGGGGCCUACCUGUGCGUGUGCCCGGAAGGCUUCUUCGGGUACCACUGCGAGACAGUGGGUGACCCCUGCUUCUCCAGCCCCUGUGGGGACCGCGGUUACUGCCUGGCCAGCAACGGCUCGCACAGCUGUGCCUGCAGGGCGGGCUACACUGGUGAGGGCUGCGGACAAGAGCUGCCGCCGCCCACGGGCCUGGAGCUGGAGCGGGCAGAGGAGAGUGGCCUGUCGGUCUCCUGGCGCCCGCCCGCUGGCCAGGCUGCCCGGCAGCUGCUGGACGGCUACGCAGUCUCCUACGCCUCCUCCGACGGCGCCCCCCGCCGCACCGACUUCGUGGAGCGCGGCCGCUCGUCGCACCAGCUCCGGGCGCUGGCAGCCGGCAGGGCCUACAACAUCUCCGUCUUCUCCGUCAAGCGCAACGCCAACAGGAACGACAUCAGCCGGCCCGUGGUGCUGCUGGCCCGCACACGACCCCGCCCCGUCGAAGGCCUCGAGGUCAUCAACGUGACGGCCGACGCCAUCUCGGUGCGGUGGGCCCUGCACCGGAUCCGACACGCCACGGUCAGCGGCGUCCGCCUGACUCUGCGCCACCCUGAGGCCCAGGAGGUCCAGACAGCCGAUGUGGACCAGCGUGUGGACAAGUUCACAUUUGGGGCCCUGCUGCCAGGAAGGAGGUACACCAUCUACGUGGCGGCCCUCAGCGGGCAGGGGGGACAGGAGCCCCCCACCGAGAGCCUGGCCUCGGCCCCGCUGCACGUCUGGACCCGGCCUCUGCCGCCAGCCAGCCUGAGUGCUGCCCGGGUCACGGCCACGUCUGCCCACGUGGUCUGGGACGCCCCCGUGCCGGGCACCCCGCUGGAGGCCUAUGUCAUCAACGUCAGCACCAGCCAGAGCACCAAGAGCCGCUACGUGCCCAACGGGAGGCUGCUGUCCUACACCGUGCGCGACCUGGCCCCCGGGCGCCACUACCAGCUCUCGGUGACGGCCGUGCAGGGCGCGGAGGGCCAGCAGCUGCACAGCGAGCCCGCGUUCCUGUACAUCAUCACCUCCCCCAGGGACGGAGCGGACAGACGCUGGCACCGGGAGGGCCCGCACGCCUGGGGGCUCCGGAACCGAGCCGGGCCGGGCAUGCGGCGGGCCGGGCGCGCGGCGGGCCAUGGAGCUGCUGCGCCGCCCGUCCGCGCUGGCGGCCGAGCUCAGGGGCGCGCUGGACCGCGCGCCCACCGACAAGGAGCUGGUGGCGCAGGCCAAGGCGCUCGGCCGCGAGUUCGUGCGCGCGCGGCUGCUGCGCGCCGGCCUGGCCUGGAGCGCGCCCGAGCCCGCCUGCCCGCCCGGCCGCCUGGCCGAGGUCAGCGCCGUGCUGCUGCGCCUGGGGGACGAGCUGGAGCAGAUCCGGCCCAGCGUGUACCGCAACGUGGCCCGCCAGCUGCACCUGCCCCUGCACUCGGAGGCGGCUGUCACCGAUGCCUUCCUGGCAGUGGCCGCUCACAUGUUCUCUGCAGGCGUCACGUGGGGCAAAGUCGUGUCUUUGUAUGCGGUGGCGGCAGGCCUGGCGGUGGACUGCGUGCGGCAGGCCCAGCCCGCCACAGUGCACGCGCUCGUCGACUGCCUCGGGGAGUUCGUGCGCAAGACCCUGGCCCCGUGGCUGCGGAGGCGUGGUGGAUGGACCGAUGUCCUCAAGUGCGUGGUGAACACGGAGCCCGGCUUCCGCUCGCACUGGCUGGUGGCGGCGCUGUGUGGCUUUGGUCGCUUCCUGAAGGCCGCCUUCUUCCUGCUGCUGCCUGAGAGAUGAGCCUGGCCUCGGCGCCUGCAGCCGGGGUGGCAGUGGGCCUCCCGCUCUCCGGUCGCUCUGGCCUGCGGGGACACAGC